AGCACGCGCUUGACUCGGUCUCUCUUUCUCCCCAAAGGUGGCCUUGGGCUUUUGGGAGAGCGCUGAUUGCCUGGAGUAUUCCCUUACAGAGAUGACGUCUGAUGCUGGGAAGGUAGAGAAUGAAAUCCUAGAUGAUCCUGAUGAGAAUGUGAUAUACCAAAAAAUGCAGCAUGAAGUGCAAAUGUUUUUGAUUGAGUUCCCCAAGACAAAGCUGGAACUAGUGGAAUAUAUUGAAGAACUUGGCUGUAUGGCAGACAAAAUUGACAAGAUCCACAAGAACUGCACCAUUACCAAUAUAAUGGCCAGCUCUACUGGUGCAGUCUCUGGCAUCAUGACAAUGGUGGGGUUUGCUCUUGCUCCUAUGACAGCAGGAGGGAGCUUGACCCUGUCCAUGACUGGGAUGGGGUUGGGAACAGCAGCUGCCAUUGCUGGUGUUUCUGCAAGCAUUAUUGAUAAUGUGAGUGACUCAAAAGGGAAGAAACUUUUAAAUGAGGUUGAGGGAAAUACAAAUGAUAAUACUAUCCAAGAAGUUCUGUCUAACGAGAUACCUAGAAUCAUUUCUACAGUGCAAAAGUGUAACCAAACCUUCAAAAAUCUUGAAAAAUACUUCUCUGCCUUCCAAGUGGCCAAAACCAACCCACCAUCAACCUUAAAACGUGUGAUGGCAAUUUCCCAGGAGCUUCUAACACAUGGGCGUCUCUCCACCAAGAGCAGCCCCCAGAUCAACAAGGCUUUUCAGGGCACGGCAUUGGCCAUGACCAAAGGAGCUAGGUUAAUGGGUGCUGCCUUAGCGGGAGUUUUUGUUCUAAUGGAUAUGGCCAUCAUUAUGCAAGAUUCAAUACAUUUGUCAUAAGGGGCAAAGGCUACAACAGCCUUACAACUGAGGGAGAAAGCUCAGAAUCUGGAAGAGAAACUGCAAAAGCUUUCUGGGGUCUAUAAAACCCUGCUGGAAAUGUCAAUAGACAACCCCAAAACAGUGGGCUAA